AUGCUCCCUUGGCUGGUGUCAUCUUUGCUGGUCGUCGCGACGGUUUACGGUAAUAUUCCUUAUUUGUUUUAUCAGUUUCGAAAUUAACAAAUAAAUAUUCGUUUUAACAACGAUUUGAAAAAAAAACGUAACCUUUGCUCAUUUUAAAAUUAUGACGUCAUAAUCGAAGUUCUUAUUUAUGACGUCACUAUAAGAUCUCAAAGGGACGCCAAAAUCUUCCAUCCAAAAAAAAAAAAUAGAAAAGCUCCGUUCUAGCUUAUCCUGAGAUCCAUGACGUCAUUGCUCGAAAAUGACGUCACCUUCUAGGUUUACAAUGAUGACGUCAUUAUCGAAGUUUCAAUUCAUGACGUCAUAAGCCUGUAUGUAACGCCAAAAGCUUCCACCCAAAAAAAGUUUUUAAAAAAGUUCAAAAAGCUCUGUUCUAGCUUGUUUUAAAUCCAUGACCUCAUGCCUCGAAAAUGACGUCAUUCUUCUAAUUUAUGACGUCAUUAGAAAACUUGAAUGUAACGCCAACAUCACCUACCCAAAAACUUCUGUUAAAACCUUUCAAAACUCAGUUUUUGCUUUUUCUGUGAUUUAUGACGUCAUGGCUGAAAAAUGACGUCACUAUAGGACCUCGAAGGGACGUCAAAUACUUCCAUCCAAAAACAAAAAUGGAAACAAAAAACGCAAAGUUCUUGAGAUCCAUGACCUCAUGGCUUUGAAAUGACGUCACCUUCUAGGCUUGAAAAAGCUCCCAAUUUUCUAGAUUUUAGUGAUUUGUUGUUACAGCAAAGGUCUUAUGUAUUUUCGGAAGUGAUGACGUCACUAAAUGGUCUGAAUUGACGUCAUUUUCGAAGCUUGAAAGAGCUCCCAAUUUUCUAGAUUUGCAUGGUUCCUUGAUGAUUCCAUAACACAGAGAAGAUCCUUUAUAUUUUCGAAAGUGAUGACGUCAUCACAUGAUCUGAAAUGACGUCACCUUCUAGGCUUGAAAAAUCCCCUGAUUCUCUAGAUUCAAACGAUUCCAUAACACAGAGAAGCUCUACUUUCGAAAGUGAUGACGUCACUAAAUAAUCUGAAAUGACGUCAUUUUCGAAGCUUGAAAAGCUCCCAGUUUUCUAGAUUUGGAUGGUUCCUUGAAACAGGGAAGUUCUUCUGUACUUUCGAAAAUAAUGACGUCAUCAAAAAGAUCUGAAAUGACGUCACAUCUCAGGUGCGGCGAUACCGACGAGGUCGGCUCAGAUGUCGACAAUGUCCGGCUGCGCGAACGACUGUUUUGAGAAGUUCAGCGAAGUUUUGGCGGCCAGUGACCUCGCCAACUUCCCGACCAUUGCUACGAAUAUCGAUGGAUUCUGCAGGUUGGCAUCAAUUUUUUGAAUUCAGAAGGAAAACUUGACGAUAAAGUGGUCCCUAUAGGGAUUUAAGGCCUGGACCCGUAAACUUUAAUGCUCAAGAGGUCCCUAUAGGGGUUUAAGGUCUGAGCCCUAAGCCUCUAAAGCUCAAGGGGUCACUAUAGGGGUUAGGAAUGAAAAAAGUCCUUCUGUGGGAUGAAAAAGUGGUCCCUCUAGGGGUUUAAGGUCUGAGCGCUUAGCCCUGAAAGCUCAAGGGGUCCCUAUAGGGGUUAGGAAUGAAAACAGCCCUUGUGGGGGACAAAAGUGGUCCUUAUAGGGGUUGGUGAAUGAUCCCUAGAAGGAAAUCUCCAAGAGCCUCUCUAGGGACCACUCUGUAGAUCUCAAGUACUGAGAAAAUUUCUAGUAGCCACUUAAGUGGCCUCUUUAGGAUUCUAAAUGGUACUUCUAGACCGCUAGAAACUACUAUAGUGGCCACUAAGACUCAAAAUAGUGGCUUCUAUAAGGAUAGUCUUAGUGGCCACUUUAGGGUCCUUUCUUAGUAGCCUUUGAGGGACCUCUUAAGUGGCCACUAUAGCUUUUCUCGGCACCACAACGAUGAGAGAUAAGAGGGCGCAGACAGGUCGGACUGUUCCAAAACGUGAGACUUUUUUUGUGAUUUAAAAUUUCAAGUCACAGACUUCAAAAGACCUUUUUCAUACAGUACUUCCAAAUUCUUAUUCUGAUCAAUUAUCAGUACAAUUCAUCAAAUUCCAACGUGUCCUAAAAGUCCAAACAACCACUUUUUCUUGCCCGAUUGUUUAUACUUUCCGCCCAAUUCGGGCAUUGAUGUAAAUAGUAUGAUGCGCAAACUCGUAUUCUCUCAAGGUUGAUGAAUUACGCCCAAAUUUUUCAAGGGUAUUGCAAAAAAAGUGUCUUGGUAUGACGCCCACGUAUAAAUGUUUCAUGUGGGAAAAUUUUUAGUGGCCACUUUAGGGUUUGACGUUUUAGUGGCCAGUACAGCAGUCAAACUAGUGGCCACUUAAGGGGCUGAAAAUUAGUGACCACUAUACGUGCUACUACUAGACCACAAAGAAUUUUAGUGGCCACUAUAGGGUUUUGACGUUUUAGUGGCCACUAUAGGGUUUUGACCUUUUAGUGGCCAGUAUAGUAGUCAAAUUAGUGGCCAUUAUAGAGGUCUAAGUGCCAUUACUAGACCACUAAAAAUUCAGUGGCCACUUUAGGGUUUUGAACUUUUAGUGGCCACUAUAGUAGUCAAAUUAGUGGCCACUUAAGCGGUCAAAAACUAGUGGUCUCUAUAGAGGUCUAAAUGCUAGACUACAAAAAAUUUAAGUGGCCACUUUAGGGGCCAAUGGAUCAACAUAACUGGUCCAAUCAUUUUUUUUUAAUUAUCAGAGUUACUGGAAGGAAUACUGGAUGAAAAACUACUGAAGUGGCCACUAAAUCGGAGAAUAGUGCCCACUAUAGAGGUGGGUUUAGUGGCCACUUUAGAGCCCUCUCCAAGUAGUCCUUGGCGAGCCUCUAUAGUGGCCACUAAAUAUUUUCCCAAUUCAGUAGCUUUUUUCAAAAAAGCAAUUUCAAAUUUAGCGCCAAUGAGAACCUUCGAAAGUGCGGCGCCAACUGUGGGCCAGCCGAAGAAUCGGCAGUUUUGGCCAGGAUCCAGGCUUCGAGCUUCAUUUGCGAGAAGAAAAUCAAUGGUGAGCUUUGAGUGACCACUUGAGUGAAAUUUGAAGAAUUCUGGAAAUGGUUUCAGUUUACUACCGUCAUGAUUCCACCAAAAAGGGGACCACUUUCUUGAAAACUUGCUAGGAACUUGUCCCUACAUGCUUCUAAGGUCCAGAAGCUCAUGAAAAAUCACUAAAAUGGUCGCUUUUUAGGUCAUUUGAGACCCCUAAAGUGAUCACUAGCCGUCUUAUCACAAAAAUUUGUUUUAGUGUUUUUUUCGAGUCCUGAAGUGACCACUUUCUUGAAAAAAUUGCUAGAAGCCCGUCCCUACAUGCUUCUAAGGUCUUGAAGCACAUGAAAAAUCACAAAAAUGACCACUUUCAGGUCAUUUGAGACCCCUAAAGUGAUCACUAGACGUCUACUUACAGAAAUUGAGUUUUAGUGAUCUUUUUCAGACCCUGAGGUGGCCACUUUAUCGAAAAAUUGCUAGUAAUACAUCUAUAUCUGCUUCUAAGGUUCAGUAGCUUGAGAAAAAUCACUCAAAUGGUGACUUUUCCGGUCAUUUGAGACACCUAAAGCGAUCACUAGACGUCUUCUUACAAAAAUUCCGUUUUAAUGGUCCUUUUUCGAACCCUGAAGGGACCACUUUCUCGAAAAAUCACUAAGAAUUCCGUGUAUUUUCUUCAUUCCGUGUAUUUUCUUCAUUCCGUGUAUUUUCUUCACUCGAAGUGGUAGCUCUCUCGAUCGGCCGAGGCUACCCUAGAGUGUACACGGUGUCCGUGCCCGAGCCCCACCAUCCCCGCCGUGCCCGUACACGCGAAACUGAGGGAUUUACUUGUGGGAGAACGAGGCGAAGUACCGUCAGACCAUGCUUUCAAUUCAAUCGACUACACGUUUUGACUUCUUUUUCGCCAAAGGCGGUGUUAGUGCCGCUCAAAAGAGCAAUUUUUUCACCGCCUAGUCGAUACCAUCUGACUAAAACAACCAAUAAAUAUUGAUGAUGAUGAUGAUUGAUGAAGAAGCGGUCGCUACCUGUCUUUAAGGUUCAGAAGCUUAAGAAGAAAAAUCACUAAAAAGGUCACUUUUAGGUUAUUUAAGACACCUUAAGUGAUCACUAGACGUCUUCUUACGAAAAUUUAGUUUUCAUGAUUUUUUUAAAGACAACUCGAAAAAUCGCUAGAAACUCGUCACUAAAUGCUUCUAAAGUGCAGAAGCUUAAGAAAAAUCACUAAAAUGGUCGCUUUUCAGGUCAUUUGAAACACCUGAAGCGAUCACUUGAUGUCUUCUCACAAAAAUUCAGUUUUAGUGGUCAUUUUUCAAACUCUGAAGGGACCACUUUCUCGAAAAAUCACUAAGAGCUCGUCACUACUUGCUUUUAAGGUGCAGAAGUUCAUGAAAAAGCACGAAAAAUGGUCACUUAAGGGACCUAACAGAUCACUAGACGUCUUCUUACAAAAAUUUAGUCUUAGUGAUUUUUUUUUUCAAGACAAUUCGAUCCCUGAAGGGACCACUUUCUCGAAAAAUCGCUAGGAACUCGUCGCUACCUGCUUUUAAGGUGCAGAAGCUCAUGAAAAAUCACUAAAAUGGUCGCUUUUUAGGUCAUUUGAGACCCCUAAAGUGAUCACUAGACGUCUACUCACAAAACUUUAGUUUUAGUGGUCUUUUUCGAGCCCUAAAGUGACCACUUUUCUCGAAAAAUUGCUAGGAACCCGUCACUAACUGUUUCUAAGAUGCAGAAGCUCAUGAUAAAUCCCUAAAAUGGUCACUUUUUAGGUCAUUUGAGACCCCUAAAGUGAUCACUAGACGUCUACUCACAAAACUUUAGUUUUAGUGGUCUUUUUCGAGCCCUAAAGUAACCACUUUUCUCGAAAAAUUGCUAGGAACCCGUCACUAACUGUUUCUAAGAUGCAGAAGCUCAUGAUAAAUCCCUAAAAUGGUCACUUUUUAGGUCACUUGAGACACCUAAAGCGAUCACUAGACCUCUUCUCACAAAAAUUUGUUUUAGUGUUUUUUUCGAGCCCUGAAGUGACCACUUUCUUGAAAAAAUUGCUAGAAGCCCGUCCCUACCUGCUUUUAAAGUGCAGGAGCUCAUGAAAAAUCACUAAAAUGGUCACUUUCUGAAUCUUUUAAGACCCCUAAAGCGAUCACUAGACGUCUUUCACAAAAGUUUAGUUUUCGUGUUUUUUUUCCAGCCCUGAAGGGACCACUUUUCUUGAAAAAUCGCUAAAAACUCGUUCCUACCUGCUUUUAAAGUGCAGGAGCUCAUGAAAAAUCACUAAAAUGGUCACUUUUUAGGUCAUUUGAGACCCCUAAAGUGAUCCCUAGGCGUCCUCUCAAGAAAAUUUGUUUCAGUGGUCUUUAUUAAAACCCUGAAGGGACCACUUUCUUGAAAAAUCGCUAGGAACCGGUCAUUACCUGCUUUUAUAGUGCAGAAUUUCAUGAAAAAUCCCUAAAAUGAUCACUUAAGAGACCUAACAGAUCACUAGACGUCUUCUUACAAAAAUUUAGUCUUAGUGAUUUUUUUUUUCAAGACAAAUCGAGCCCUAAAGUGACCACUUUUCUUGAAAAAUCGCUAGGAACCCGUCCUUACCUGCUUCUAAGGUUCAGUAGCUUGAGAAAAAUCACUAAAGUGGUCACUUAAGAGACCUAAAGCGAUCACUGGAAGUCUCCUCGGUAUUUUUCACUUGUAAACAUUCAGAAUCUUCCUCCUACUUCUCCGAAACCAACAGAGUACUUUCAGACUUCCACGACGUCGCCGAGUGUCUUCAGAAUUCGGACGACGACGAAUCCGCAGUGGAAGACUGUGUGAAUUCCUGUGACGAUGAGCCAGCCGCCACCGCCGAGAAGCCUCCCAAGGGCAUUUCCUUGGAAAUCGCCCAGCCCAACUACACCACCAAGGCCUGCACGUAAGUGUGCUUCCGGAUUCCUUAUUAUUCUCGCGUUUCAGAACCCACAAAUGCGUCUUGACAUGCGCCUCGACUCGGCUCAACAGCAUCUGUCCGGGAGCCGGAAGCUUGUUCUUGGUAGGAAGUCUUUGAAAUGUCCAAAAAUAGUCAGAAUCUCAGGACCUGGCCCGCCAACAAGUUGUCGACGGCGGUCAGCGACUUUUGGAAUCUGCCGCCGAGAAAAAUCAAACUGGAGUUGAACAGGUUCGGAGAAUUCUCAAUAGAAGGAAGACUAUGAAGUUCAGGUCCUGAUCACCGUGCUUCAGAAUCUCCCGGACGUUUGCCGGUUCGUCGUGGAUGCCGAGAAGUUCGAUGAGGUGGGUCAGAGUGACUGGAACUUCUGAUGAGGUUCCGCAGAUGGUUCAGAACACAGGAAUCGGCCUGAAAACUCCUCUAGCUGAUCCUAUCUAAUAUAAUUACAGACGAUCCAAGCCGACCAGCCGAAAGAGGUGACCGUCAUCGGAGAGCCAGUUCAAGCGACGUCGCCAGUCCCUCUUGAAUCCGCAGAAUCUGCUGAAGCUUCUGGGGUCGUCGUUCGCAAUGAAACGGCCGUCAGAAAGCAAACCAUCGACCUUUCCAAGGAAGAAGGAGAGGGAGAAGAAGUGGAAGAGAAGCACGUCGAGUCUGUGAUCAAGCCGGCCGACGACGCCUCUCCAGAAGAGAAGCACGUCGAGAAAGAAACCGUCUUGAAGACAGCCGACGACGCCGCUUCAGAAGAGAAGCACGUCGAGAAGGAGACGACGGUGGUGAAGCAGGACGACGACGCGGCUCCCCAAGAAGACGUCGACGACGACGACGAUGACGAGGAUGACGUCACGACGACCACCCAGGCGGCACUUCUUUUAGCUCCCGCGGUCACUUCUCCAGCCACUCCUUUCGAUGAGAUGGCCACCGUUUCUGUCAACAUCCCGCACGUUGAACACGUCCACAACGUUGGCAGGAUUGAGCAUGAGGUUGGUUAAGAGCCGCAGAUUCAGAUGACGUGUUUCUUGCAGAAUGACGUCACCGAAGCCGUGACGACGACGGUCGUCGAGGUGACGACGACUAUGCACAUGGUAAUUAUCAACAAUAGUGAAGUCAAGGAACAGCGCAAGGUGAAUGACCGCGAAAGUAGCGAUAUUUGAAUUUCGAAGGCUUUUGGGCAGGGAAAAUGAGGAUUUCUUGUGGAAGUUUUCUCAAGCUCUAUAUUAGACGUAAAGUGUAAAAUUUUGCGGAAAGAUUACUCCAUGGACAAGAGAAAAUAACUCGGACCUUGGUAACGCGAAUCGGACGCCUAGUGACCACUUUAGUGAUGCCAGAACACUUGUGUGAUCCUAGAAUAGCUGAGACGCACCGGCCAAGUUGGAGCAUUUCUAGUGACCCCUUUAGUAGCUUCAGAACACUUCAGUGGUCCCUAGAAAUGGUGAGACGCACCGGCUAGGUUAGAGCAUUUCUAGUGACCACUUUAGUAGCCCCAGAGCUCUUAAGUAGUCCCUAGAAUUGCUGAGACGCGCCGGCCAAGUUGGAGCAUUUCUAGUGACCACUUUAGUAGCCUUAGAGCUCUUAAGUGGUCCCUAGAAUUGCUGAGACGCACCGGCCAAGUUGGAGCAUUUCUAGUGACCACUUUAGUAGCCUCAGAGCUCUUAAGUGAUCUCUAGAAAUCCAAAGAAACGUCCGGUUCGCGUUACCAAGGUCCAAGAAUACUUUGGAUCUUAUUUUUUUCUUCAUAUACUGUAAAUUAUUGACGCAAAAUUGCGGACAAAAUAAUAUUUUUUUCAAAGAAAAAAAUCUCAUUUCCCUGCCCAAAAGCCAUUUAUUUUUAGUUUUUCUUGGUUCUGACGCACAGCGAGGUCAUUUGCACUGCUUGGUUUCUUACUUUUUUUUUAAAUCCCUUGAAUUUUCGUAAGAUUUAAGGUUUUUCAGAACUCGGCCACCACCACGUCACUCUUCAGUGCCGUCGUCCUCAUCUUCUUGGCUCUUUUCUAA